AUGGCCACAGAAAGGAGAGAAAGAAAGAGGGACUCGUUGAAUCCGUUGAACUGGGUUAGACGGGCUAGGUCUUCAUCUAGAGCAUCAGGCGACCGUCAGAUUGCCACACACGCGGCAGUCAGUACGUCUUCUCACUCGAAAGCACUUCCAGUAUCAUCAAGCGUCUCAUUGCCUUCUCAUGCAUCGGCGUCUUCUUCACGCCAUAAGCCAUCCAAGUCUCUUGUAGACAAUUCAUCCCUUGACCUUCCGGCAACCCCACCUUUGCAGGCAUCAGAAUCAUCAACGCCUCUUCCUUCAGAAUCUACGGAACCUCCAGAAUUACAUGUACCCGAAACCACUGAAUUACCGCCAACUCCACUUUCAAAUCUCUGGAGUCGAGUAUUCCGUGAGGCUAGUGAGGAAACCAAGAAAUGGCUCCAAAAAUAUGGACUGGAUUCUACAGGCCUUACGCAGAAAAGUCAAAAACAUCAAAUUGAAGAACUUAUUAGCCUUAUUGAGAACAACAAGCUCUCCGAACAAAAUGAUAAGCCACUCAAGAUCGAAAUUGGAAAUCAGACAAUCAUUUUCCGGGAAUACGUCGCCGAUACUGUUGCCUUCAUUACUAUGAUUGGUGACGCUGCCAGCGCUUUCGCACCAACAGAGGUCAGCGCCCCGUGGGCUGUUGCAAAGGCGGUUCUUAAAAUUCCAGCCAAACAAGUUGAGCAUAAGGCCGCUCUUCUCGGGACAGUCCAAUGGUUUGCACGGAUUGUACGCAGAGGGCAGAUAUACGAGACCCUUUACAAAUCAGGGACUACAGGUGAAGAAGCCAUUGAAAAUCUACACGAUGCUCUUUUUAGUGUAUACAAAGCGGCUCUAGAAUUGUUGGCUAUCUCAGACACCUUGAUUGAUAGCGGAAUCGCCAGACGGACGCUAGAAGCAAUCUUAAAGCCUGAUGGCGAUAUUGGAAAGGUCAAUGACCUAUUCAAGAAGGAACAGCAACUCGGCGUAGAGGUUCAGGCCUGCGAAAACUCACGGUCUUCCUUAUCGUCCAAGCAGACGAACGACGGAAUAGAAGCACUGAAGAAACAGCUUAAUCAAUUAUCUUCGCCACUUCCGCGCAUAGACAAAGGAGUAGCCAGUCUUCUAGCGAAAAUAGAAGAAAGAGAGUUACAUGAAUUAAUUCAAUUUAUUAGCUCGGAGAUGUUUGGAAAAAGUCACGCUGCUGUUACAGAAGCAAGGAUAGAGCAUACUGGAGAUUGGUUAUUGGCCAGCAGAGAUUUCCGCGCUUGGCAGGAUGUCCCUUCUUCUUCAGCUGUAUUAUGUCUUAAAGGAACUGUUGGAACCGGCAAAACAUAUCUCACUUCCAGAGUGAUCGACUAUGUGAAACAGGCGCUAGAAGCGUCACAACAUGAUGAAGGGUUUGCCUAUUUCUAUUGCAACCGAUCCGGCCCAUCCAUGCAAGACCCAAUCGUCGUCUUAAGAAGCUUUGUUCGUCAGCUAGCUGGCAAGGCCUACGAUGAACCUGACGUUAUUCAAAGCAGCCUCGUACAGAAAUGCCGGACGGCGAAGAUAGAAGGAAGAGACUUGGGUUAUAAAGACUGCAGAGACUUGAUUCUGGAAUCUUUAAAUCUUUAUCCAAAGACGACCAUAAUUCUCGACGCUUUGGACGAGUCUGAUAUCACGACAUAUAACUUGUGCACUAUCCUUAUCGAAAUGAUGGAAAAGUCUAGAAAACCUGUCAAGAUUUUCAUAUCUAGUCGACCGGAUCGAGAAUACUUAAAAGCAUUUGAGGAUAGGUGUAUCAUUACUGUGGAUGCCAGCAAGCAGCAAGCAGAUAUUGAGCGAUUCCUCGGGGAGAAACUCUACUCAACCUCGUUUUUUAAACAGCGAAGGGAGGAUAUCCAAGAAGAAAUUAAAAACGUGUUUGCAACCCGGAGCUGCGGAAUGUUCCGAUGGGUCUACUUGCAGGUGAAGAGCCUUGAGAAACUUGUUACGGAUGAGGCAAUCCACAAUUGGACUCACAACUUGCCGGCGGAUUUGAUGGCGGCGUACGAUCAACUCUGGGAAACCAUCAAAGGACGGGAUGAGUUUGAUGUCGCUUUAGCUGAACGUGCCAUUAUGUGGGUGCUCUGUUCCUUCAAGCCAUUCGAGUCAGAAACGCUAUUAGAAGCCAUCCAAUACGCCGUUCAAGGAUCUACAGUGGUGCGAAAAGAAAAGCAGACGAAACAGCAGAUUCUAUCGCUUUGCCAAGAUCUCCUAACUAUUGAUGAGAAAAAAGGUGUGUGGAUGCUGCCACAUGCCUCUGUGGCUGAAUAUUUUGAGAAGAAACGCUGGAUGGAUGGGAAAUGUGAUGCAUUUGCUUCAAAGGUAUCGCUUGGCUUUCUCGAAAACUUCCGACUGGGCUCUCCAAAAGAUGGCACGUUUGCAUAUCACGUUCAACAUAACUGGGCCCGGCACGUCGGGCGAUACGACAAAUGGCUAGGAUCGAUGAAGGGAGGAGAGGCCGACGCGGAUCUCGUGGUCGCUCUAAAGCGCUUUCUUAGGUCGCCCGAUGAAAGCAGUGCCAGCUAUCGAAAAUGGGUUGGUGGGUUUUAUGUCAGUCAGCUAAAACCAGCGAACAUGGCUUUGUUUACAAUGUGUCGAUAUGGAUUUUACUACACCUUGCGCGACUGGUGGCUGCAAGGCAAAAUCACCAUGGAAAUGGCUCUUCAAAAAAGCUAUGAGGGCGAGAACUCACUUGCGAUGGCAGCUGAUGGCGGCUCCCUGCCUGUUUGCAAACAUUUGAUCAACUUGAUUGACGUCAUGCACCCGGAUGCCGACAAACACACUGAGGCACUGUACAAUGCAAUUGAGAGCAAUCAUUUUGAUGUCUUCAAAUUGCUUGUGGAUGCAAAUGCUGAUGCCAACCGUCACUUGUUGCUUGAAGCUGGUGCGGAUCCCACAGCUGUGUUUGAACGAGGUGAGCAUGGAAGUGCACUCGCCGCUGCAGCAUUCUACGGACGCAAGGAAAUCCUCAAGGCCAUGAUUGACCGUGUUGGGGCGGAGCGUGCCAUCGAGGCCCUUCGCCAUAGUAGACAUCCCAAAGAUCGAUUAUUUAGAGAUGACGAGGAUAUUCAACAGUGGAAGGACACAGCCAAGUACCUUGCCGAAGAUGUGGGAGUGGACAAAGAAAUUCUUCAUCACAUUGGCUUGUGGGAUGUUGAGCCCAAGAGACAUAGGCCUGACGACUGGAGACAUUGCAGCUAUAUUUUAGUUUAUGAUAGCACUUCCGCAUUCUCAUGA